AUGGAUGUAAAGAUGGAGAAUGAAAAGGAAAUAUCCCAAGCAAAUACUUGGUCUAAUACUAUUGAUACACAGAUAAGUUACCCAUAUAGGCCUACCACAACGCCUCAUGAAACAACGCAUGUGAACACAAGAUCAAGUGAGAUUGAUGAAAAUGUAAAGUUUAAGACGAAUUAGAUUUGUAUAUGCCUGGUCCCGUGGUCUUUAGUUUCCCAAGUGGGUUUACAGAACGAUCACUCACAUAUGCCUACAGUUAGUCCCCAAACAACAACACAAGGGCAGAUUUUACGUAUUUUGCCUUAAGAGGCAGGAUCAAGUGAUGGAGAGAUUAAAGCGGUAAAAGGGGUUUAUUUCUGUGAAAACCAAGAUGCCAGCAGCACAUCUGAAGAGCAUUUGAUCAAAGAUGGCAUGAUGCACCGCCCAGUGAUAUUAAGAUAG